CUUUUAAUUUGGUUACUUGCGAUACCCGCUUGCAAAGCCAGCCUUCUUUGAUGAAACUUCCAGACCGAAUGAAACUUAUCCGAAAUGUCAAAGAAAUCGAGUUCACAUACAAAUUUCAAGACACCCACAGAACACUCAAUACAUGAUAUAAACAAGAAUAGGAAACAGAAGCAGACCGUGUAGAAUGGCCAACAAAGGACACUUUAUCGAGAGGAACGGCACCUUUCGGGCUGCCGGAUUGCCGUCCUUCGGGGACGAUAAGAUUUCUUUCAAGGAUUUCCUGAUCAUUACUCAGCCGGCGGAGGAUAUUCGCCAUCAAAUAGAACUCCAGUGCAGAAGAAACAAGCCGCAGCCCAUCGGAAAACUUUCGCCAUUUCUUCCGUAUAGCAAAAUAGGUGAAAUUCUUAGCAGUGAGGGCGAAAAGACACGUGUAGCUAGAUUUAAGGAAGAGUUCCUGGAGGACAUGUACUGUAAGUCUGGGAAACCCGGAUAUAUACAGCCAACGCAUUCGAAACCCGAUGAUGUUACCAAUUGGAGUCAGACCUUUGGACGCGCCAAUCCUCCGGCGGAAACUUUAUAUAGCACUAUAAUGCCGAAAAAGUCGGCCGAUCAGGUUAAUCGUGAAUACGCCGAGUUUCAUCAAGGUCACAUCAUUAGUAACAACCACUACUUUCCCUCUGAGCAGAUCAAUCGCAGAUAUAAAAAGCCCUUUGAUCGAUUUCAAACCUUUGGAGUCUUGCAAGGCGCUGAGCACAGUGGUACGACCAUGAAGAAGUGCUUGAUGCAAGGUGACGAGCAUUUAACAGUGGUCUCAAAGCCGUGGAAGGAUUUUGUAACAAAGACCAAAGGCCCUUUGGGUAAAAAAUACGAAAAAUACUUGGAUCAAGUGCCGGACUUGGUUUUUGGCUUUCGGCGUCGUACGGACAAGUGCAACAUCAAAAUGUUGCUGGAGGACAUUAGGCCGUGUGAAGAGGACGAUUCUUUGGUGAUGGCUCUAUCCUACUUGAACCGGCUGCGUGAGAGUCUUCACAAGCGGAAUGACUUCUACAUGAUGGAUCUGAUAGCAUUGCUGGAGAGGGAGGACAAGGAGCAUACGGGUCACAUGCCGCUCUGGCAGAUCCUUGGGACCAUGCACAAGCUGCACAUCCGUGUGGACGAGGCGAAAAUCCGUACCAUGUUGUCGCACUUCGGUAAGAUCAUCGACGAGGGCUGUCGCACGGAGCGGGUGAACUACGACCAGUUUUGCCGGAUACUCUCCGUCCAGCAACCGCUGCCGGAUGUCGGAUGUAUUGGCCACAUUCCGGAUAACAUGUACAACAAGGAAACCACCUACAGAAAUCUCUGCAAGGAUCGUAUGAAAGAUAUACCAGUGACGCCCGAGUUUAACUGGCCGAACAGGAGUCUUCACGAUACGGACGAUGUGAACACACAUGUGAAGGACAUCAUACAACCGGAGUUGGCCACCAAAGUUGGCCUCAGACCUAGCGACAUGACUUGGCCACGGCGCAAGGAUGAAAUGAAGCGGAUAUUCGAUAAUAUCGUCUCCAAGGACGCCUUCGAAGAUAUUUGGCAGCGUCUCAUGACGAAAAACAAGGACCAGGAUCGGGAUCUGGAUAAGAAAGAAUUGGCAUCUGUUGCGCAGUUCCGUGCCGAAAUGAUCAGCGAUAUGACUUCUUCUACUUAGAAAAUUAUCAAUUCCAGAACAUUAUAUUAUCAUGUAGUGAGAAUAUACAAAAAAAACAAAUGA